UUACUUUCCACGUUUCUCUUUCUCUCCAACUCACCUGUAUUUAGGGGCUUCCUUUUUACCCUCACCCUCAGUUACCACCACCACCACCACAAUUUUCAGUUCCAUGUCUUCCCAUGAUUUUCACCCUUUUUCUCUCUCUCACUUUCUGUGGACUUUUCUGUGGUUUCCUUUUCAGUGAAAUAAAAAAAAACCACUCUGGCUUAUUACUGUCUAUAUAGAUUCUUCUGAAUCCAGUUCUUUCUAAACCAAACCAAAAAAACAUUCCCUCUCCAACCAAGUUUUGUUUUUUUUUUUUUUCAUGUGAAAAUUGAAAUCGCAACCGCAAUUUAAAACCUUGGUGUAUGUUCUUAUAUUGAAAUUGAAAUUCUUGGCUAGGGAAGCAAAAGGGUAGUAAUUGGUUUUAGAGUAAGUGAGAAUGGAAAACGUUUCGGUUCUUUUGUGUAAUAAGGAAAAGGAUCAGAUGGAUUUGCCUCCUGGGUUUAGGUUUCACCCAACAGAUGAAGAGCUUAUUAGUCAUUACCUUUACAGAAAGGUCACUGACACCAACUUCUCAGCUAGAGCCAUUGGAGAGGUGGACUUGAACAGGUCUGAGCCUUGGGAUUUGCCAUGGAAGGCCAAAAUGGGAGAGAAAGAGUGGUACUUUUUCUGUGUGAGGGACAGAAAAUACCCAACUGGUUUGAGGACUAAUAGAGCCACUGAAUCAGGAUACUGGAAGGCUACAGGGAAAGACAAAGAGAUUUUCAGAGGGAAAUCUCUUGUGGGUAUGAAGAAAACUUUGGUUUUCUACAAAGGAAGGGCUCCCAAGGGAGAGAAAACUGAUUGGGUCAUGCAUGAGUAUAGGCUUGAUGGUAAAUUCUCUGUUCACAACCUCCCCAAAACUGCAAAGAAUGAGUGGGUGAUUUGCAGGGUUUUUCAGAAGAGUUCAGGUGUGAAAAGGACUCAUAUUUCUGGGAUGAUGAUGUUGGACUCUUAUGGAAACGAAAUGGUUUAUUCUUCUUCUGCUUUGCCACCUCUCACUGAUUCCUCACCUUCCAUUGGCAACAACACCAAAGCACUGAGUGUGACUGAUUCUGCUUACGUGCCCUGCUUCUCCAAUCCAAUUGAUGUUCCUAGAGGAAUCUUUGAUUCCUUGAACAACAUCAAUAUCAGCAUCAACAGCAACACCCUUUAUGGAGUUUCUUCAAACCAUUCAUUUUACAAUACUCAGGGGGUUCAACUUCAGGCUCCACCAACUUUGCCAUUACCUAGUUCUUCAAACCAUUACCUUAGAGCCUUUCUUGAAAACCAAGGAAAUGGAUCGAACAUGAGCAACAAUGGUUUUGAGCCAGAGAGGGAAAUGGUCAGUGUCUCACAGAAAACAAGUCUUUCUACUGAUGUGAAGGCUGAAAUCUCUUCAUUGGGUAAAAGGCACUUUGAGAAUCAAAACAACCCAAUUGCUUCAGCAGCUGCAGUUGCACCAAUGGACCUUGCUACCUUGUGGAACUACUGAUCUCAAAUAAAGAAUUGCCAUUGGAAAAAAAAAGGCCAACUUUUUCAGCUGAAAAAGUAUAGCCUCAUAAUUUACAAUAUUUACUGUCUGAUUUUGAUUUUUAUGUUGUCCUUCUUGUUGUUAUUGUUGUUUGUUUGUUUGUCUGUAUAGAUUUCAACUAAAAGAUUUGCUGAAUAAUAGUGAAGCAUGUAUUUUGUACUGUUAAGUGUUAAGUUAUGCUGUUUUGGUCCUUUGAUACUCUAGGCUUGUUAUUGUUAUGGUUUGGUAUGUAUGAUAUGAACAUGAUUACUAUGUAUCAGCUUUUAUUAAAAUUAUUAAUACUAGAAUGAGACAUGAUUGGUCAUUUUUACUUA